AUGGUUCUGUUCAAGGGACAUUGGAACCUGGUCUCAGUCACUCUAUGCAUUGCGCUGAUCAGACGAGCCUCGUCAGCAGCCUCUGCACCAGUGAUCGACCUCGGAUACGCCAAAUACCAAGGCUUCUACAAUGACACCUUUGAUCUACAAGUAUACAAGGGUGUUCGCUUCGCGGCACCCCCAAAGAGAUGGCAGCUGCCAGAAGCUCCGGAGAGAGAAGAUGACUCCGUGAUUCAAGCUACGGAGGAGCCUCCUUCUUGUCCGCAGUCACCGCUUGCAAGCCCGUCGCCGGACAGCUUCAACUUCACUGCCAAGGGCCAAGAAGAUUGCCUAUUCCUUAACGUGUUCAAGCCAGCCAAUAAGACCAAACUCCCUGUGAUGGUCUGGAUUCACGGUGGCGGUUAUGGGACAGGUCAAGCGAAGAGCUUUGAUUCCUCAUGGGUCUCACGCACCGCCGGUAAUGGGUUCAUGUGGGUGCAGAUUCAAUAUCGCCUCGGUGCCUUUGGCUUCGCCUCUUCCGCCGAGAUUGCGCGCUUCGGCGUACCCAAUGCAGGACUCCAUGACGUGAGAUUUGCCUUGGAGUGGGUGCAAAAGUACAUCCAUCAGUUUGGAGGCGAUCCGGACCAGGUUACCUUAGCAGGCCAGUCUGCCGGGGGAGGAGCUGCUAUGCUCAUGGCGAUGGCCAACGGUGGAACUGAAGGGACGAGACUAUUCAAACGAGUUCUGACCAGCAGCUCUUACCUGCCAACUCAAUGGAAGUACGACGACAUGCAGCCCUCCCAGUCUUAUUACAGUCUAGCCGCACGGGCAGGGUGCUUGGACGCGAGCGUGACUCAGAACUCUUCAGUCUUUGAGUGUCUUCGAAGCGUCGACUCGUUCAAAUUACAGGAGGCGAGCGCCAGAACAAGCGUGGCAUCGAAGCUAGGCCAGUGGGCAUUCAUCCCUGUGACUGACGGCACCCUCAUUCGGGAGCGGCCGACCCAGCAGCUUCUCCAUGGCAAGGUCAAUGGGGAGAGCAUGCUUACGGGGAACAACGCGAAUGAAGCCCGAAACUUCGUCAUUCAGGAUAUCAAAACCGAGGCAGACUUCAAGGCCAUGAUCAGGCUUGAUUACCCACUGCUUUCUGCCGAGAAUAUAUCGGCGAUCAUGGAACUGUACAAGAUUCCGGAAACUAUCACAGCAGAAAGCCUAAAAUUCGAUUCAAACGGCCUCGCGCCGCCCUAUGCUACCGCAGUCUCUCAUCUGGCAGCGGGCUGGAUGCAAGCCGCUCGAAAUCUUUACGCCGAGACUACCUUUGUCUGCACCUCUUAUUGGCUUGCCGCAGCGUAUGCGGACACGAUCAAUCCCAACGCAGCCGGGAAGAAGUCGUGGCGCUACCAGUACUCAACGCCGGACGCUAUCCACGGCGCGGAUAGGCCACCCCUGGUUACUGACCCAGACGGCCCGGGGGGCAAAGCAAGACAGGGCCUUCAAGCUGGAUUUCCAGAAGAUGUAUGGCAACUUCAUCGUCAAGGGGGCCCCGAAUGUUUGCCCGAAUGA